GUGAUGAAGAAGAACGUAAAUCUUUCCGUACCAAAGGUAUACCUGUCAUCUUUCAGGAUGAGCUAGAUGAAAAACCUGAAAUUGGUAAUAAGAGUCCUAUUAUUUUAAAAGAUGAAAAGCCACCAUUAUUACCACCCUCAUAUAAUACCUCAAAUAUGAAUGGUGAUAAUGAUGUCGAUGAAUAUGUUCCACCGCCAGCUGUUGUAGUAGGUGGUCGCGAAGCAAGAGGGAAAUCACCGGCUACGCCAUCAUAUCGUAAACCCCCACCAUAUGUAUCACCUUAAAUUUGUCGUAAAAAAGAAAACAAUAACUAAAAA